UGCCGCCCUAUGAAACGAUUUGAUUUGCACACAGCUUGGGGAGAAAGCGACUAAUCCGAUCCAAUUUCCGGACACGUAAAAAGACUAGAUGAUUCAUUGAAAAGAGGGGGGAGAAAAGUCAUGAGGGACAAUGCGGAGUUGUUCUGGAAUAUCUUGAGGCAUUUCUAAUUCCAAUGAAGAUACAGACUCCGUCACGGCUGCUCUGAGGGCGCACAAGAUGCGUCCGCGUUGCCUGCUGAGGGAUAUUUUUUUUCUCUCUCUCCUCCUCUCUCUCACUGGCUGACGUUGUGUGGAUGUGUGAAUGACUUUACCGCAUGUGCGCGCACGGAAGAGGCGACGAUUAGAGAUUAGAAGCAGGAGGAGGAUUCAGAUGUUAUUUCUUAACUUUAAUGGACCCCCGGAAUUUUCUGCUCCCAUUCUGAAUACACGGUUGCGGCGUUCUCGCCCCCCUCCUCUCCGCUGACAGAGAGACCACUUGUACCGCCGUCACAACUGUGCCAAGAGACAGGGAGUCUUUGAAAGGCACCGAAGCGGACCCGAGCAGCAUAUAAAUCACCGUCCCGGAGUGCGUCUUGUUGCUGGCACCGGCGAUAUAAGGCAUUGUGGCAAAAGCACAGAGUGGAGGGAAAUGAGACUUUUUUUUUUUUCCUUCCCGUAUGAAGAGCUGAGGACGGCAACAGUGAGAGGAGAGCGGAUGUAAAAGCCUGUUAUUCCUCGGGUGCGCACCGGAGAGGAGGCGCAGGACACGCAGUAUCCAUCCAUACGCACUUUGUGAUUAUUUUUUAUUUAUUUAUUUAUUUAUUUUUCAUUCUUGCGUUGCUUUAUGUGACAAGAGAAGGGGCAUAUUUGGGAUCAAGAGGCGAUUUUUUUUCCUGAACCUACCGACCCCCACUUGUGAAACCAUGAACGUCGGGUUGUUGCUUUUGCUUGUUUGUUCUGCGGCAUUUUUCACCGGGCUGCGCUGCGCCCCGCCAAGGACCACGGCGGGCAUGGACGUCCCCGCCGCGGGCUUCGGCGGCACGGGCGGCGGCAACAGCGGCGAAAUCGGCAUCAAGCGAGACUCGAACCAGACCAUAAUGUCAAGAAACAAAAGGAGAACCCUGGCCGUGGAUUUCGCCGUGCCCUCGCUGCUGCGAUAUUAUCUGGCGGAGUUCAUCAAGAGACCCCUAAACGGAGACUGUCGGAGUUUCAGCGGCUGCUACACGGUGCGCGCAAACUUAAAAAUGCAUUGCAUUCCUCUGCAGAAAACCAUCGCUACUUUUGUGGAGCCGAGAUCCGCAGGAGAGUCGGGAAACAGGUCCGCUGAUGGACAGCUCCCCUUCUUCUACAAGCGGCCGCUGUCCAAAGUUCUGAAUCUGGGCUUAACCAAGGCGAACAGGAAAUCCAACCAAGUGGUGGUGGAAAUAGGAGAGGAUCUGGUCAAAAACGGAUGCGGGGGGCUGGACGUGUACGAAGAGGAAGCAGUGCUCCUGCUUGAGGUGGACCUCAGGGAGAUCCUGGAGUGGUGGCUCGGAGCGGACGGGGGCCGGCUCAGGGUUCGACUCAUGCCCGAGAAAAAGGCGCAGAUGCCCGGGAUAGAGGACCGGUACACAGCCGCCAUCCGGGCUGCAGAUCCCCGCCUGCACCUGGAGAUUUCCUCCCGCGGUGAAUCUUUGGACAGUAGGAACGCUGGCGGGAUUCCCAGAGGAUACUGGAACUUUUCCUGGGUAGCCGAGGAUGACCUAAGUUUUCCAAAUGACACCGUGGCCAAGUCAGAUCGGCGCUGUCUUGGCAGGACAUGCAGCCUCCAGCAUGAGGAUGUUCCCGAGUUGACAUGGAGCAUCGUGGCAGCAGGAGACCAGAGGGAUGAACGGAACGGGAAAAGUGAAAAGAAGACGGAAAGUCCUCAUGGUUGGGAGGAAGGUAAGAAUGAAGGUCAGUUCCUCUGGGUUAACAGUUCAGCGUUUGGAGGUCCCUGGGUGAUGAGCCCCUGGCUGUGGGGGAGUGAAGGGCCAUGCAGCCUGGACAUGGCUGUGUUUUUCCACCCCAAACAAAGCGGACAGUACACGGUUUGGGUCAUAGAACGAGACAAGCCACCUGUUGCUGCCUUCUCCACCGACGCUCUGCCACGCAUCACAGGCUGGGCAGUGGUCCACCUCACCCUGCGCACCAACAGGGGGUCUCCUUUUCGGAUCUCAGCCAGCUACGAUCAGCGGAUCCCCCAUGAUGAUACUGCCACAGUUGAACCUCACUUCACCACCAACUGCACCAUGGCGUCCUCACCAGGCCCAAACAUCACCCUGGAGGGACAGUACCACUGCUACCAGGGGCCGGCGAUCCCUCUGGACAAACUCUGUGACUUCAGCAAAGACUGCCCGCUCGGAGACGACGAAGGCAACCGUUGCCCUCAGGAGUCUCACGUGAGGUUCUGGUUCUGUUCCGGAGGCUCACAGCGGGACUCGUUAUCUCUGUGGAUGGUGGAGAACAGCACGGGCCCAGACGAGCAGCGCAGGCUGUGGCACUCGGCCAGCGAGCCCAAAUCCGAGAGAGGCUGGAGGCUCAUCACACUUCCUCUUUACGGGCUGGCAGACUGGUACUGGCUCCAAUUCAGUGCAGAAGAUGGACAUGGUCCCGGUUCAGCCGUCUCUCUCGACAACAUCUCUUUCAGCAUGGACUGCUUCCUGACAUCAAACGGCGAGUUUCCACCGGUGGCCACCAGCAUAACCCAGCUCCCAUUAUUACCUACCAGUAAGACUCCAGUACCUGACAUCAGAAGCCCUCCGGUGAUCACCACAGAUUAUUCCAAGAAAUGGGUUUUUCACACCUGUGGGGCCGUGGGUCCUGAGGGCCCGACUCCCACUCAGUGCCUCAACUCCUACAGGAGCAGCAACAUCAACAUGACGGUCGGCACCCACGGGCCCCUCAAAGGCAUUCAAAUGUGGCGGGUCCCAGAAACGGGCACCUACAGGAUCACCGCCUGCGGUGCAGCUGGUGGGCGAAGCGUGAUGGCCAUGAGCAGGUCACUCGGUGUGUACAUCGCAGCAAACUUCCUUCUCAGGAGGGCGGAGCUGCUUCACAUCCUGGUGGGACAACAAGGAGAGAACGCUUGCCCCAACUCCAACGGUGCGCUGAAUAAGAUCUGCCUGGAGCACAGCAGCCCCAUGGUGGAAGGAACUCAAGUGAAAGGAGGUGGGGGAGGCGGCGGCGGGGCGACGUACGUGUUCAAGGUGGACAGAGGAGUGUACAUCCCUCUCAUCAUCGCUGCUGGCGGAGGCGGGCGAGGCUACAGCAGCCUAUCAGAAACCCAGCUGGAGCAGAUGGACUAUGACCCCAGCCAACCAGGACGCAAUGGGAAGUCUCACUCCUCAGGUGGAGGCGGUGGUUGGAAUGACAGCUCUCCUGUCAGCCAGGGUGGCCGGCCGUUGGUGCUGGGAGGCCAGGGGGGGCAGGCCUGUCAUAAGUUCUGGCAGACCCGUGGUGGCUUUGGAGGCGGCGGGGGUGGAUGUACGUCAGGGGGCGGCGGCGGAGGCUACAGAGGAGGAAACACCUCGCUAGAGAACAACCCCAUAGCCGACGGGGAUGAUGGUACGUCGUUCCUUGGUCCAGAUGGAGAGCUGUUCCUUCAUCCUCUGAAAGCGUUGGAGGGAGACGGAGAGGUGAUCAUCAGCCCCGUGCAGAACUGCAGCCACUGUGAAAGCAGCGAAUGCCACGAGAGCCAAGACGGCAUCAUCUGUUACUGCGAUGAAGACCUGGUGCUGGCCGCAGACGGCGUGUCCUGUAUCAACGCCUCGGAGGCGACCGGGCUGCCUCCACAGCCGUCUCUCUCCCACCUGGCUCUGGGUCUGUCUGUGGGCACGUCGGCGCUCAUCGCCGCCCUGCUGCUGGCGGUGUCUGGUGUCAUGAUAAUGUACAGGCGCAAACACACAGAGCUGCAGUCCAUUCAGCUGGAGCUGCAGAGUCCGGACUGCAAGCUCAGCAAGCUGCGAGCCUCCACCAUCAUGACCGACUACAACCCCAACUAUUGCUUCGGCGGCAAGACGGCAACAGUCAGCGACCUGAAGGAGGUGCCACGGCGCAACAUUUCCCUCACCAGGGGUCUGGGUCACGGUGCGUUUGGGGAAGUGUAUGAAGGUCUGGCUGUGGGGAUACCUGGUGAACCGAGUCCACUGCAGGUGGCUGUAAAGACACUUCCUGAGGUUUGCUCUGAGCAAGAUGAGCUGGACUUUCUCAUGGAGUCUCUAAUCAUCAGUAAGUUCAACCACCAGAACAUUGUGCGCUGCAUCGGAGUGAGUCUGCAGGCCAUGCCCCGGUUCAUCCUGCUGGAGCUGAUGGCUGGAGGAGACCUCAAGACCUUCCUGAGGGAGACGAGACCCCGGCUGGACCAGCCGUCCAGUUUGACCAUGGUAGACCUCCUCAACGUGGCCAGAGACAUCGCUAAGGGCUGCCACUACCUGGAGGAGAACCAGUUCAUACACAGGGACAUUGCAGCUCGGAACUGCCUUUUAACCUGCAAAGGGCCGGGUCGAGUGGCCAAGAUCGGAGACUUUGGGAUGGCUCGAGACAUUUACAGGGCGAGUUACUACAGGAAGGGCGGGCGCGCCAUGUUACCAGUCAAAUGGAUGCCACCUGAAGCCUUCAUGGAGGGCAUCUUCACGUCCAAGACAGACACGUGGUCAUUUGGUGUGCUGCUGUGGGAGAUCUUCUCUCUGGGUUACAUGCCUUAUCCAAGUCGCAGCAACCAGGAAGUGUUGGAGUUUGUUACCAACGGAGGGAGGAUGGACCCGCCUAAAAACUGUCCUGGACCAGUGUACCGCAUUAUGACCCAGAGCUGGCAGCACCAGCCUGAAGAUCGACCCAACUUCUCCACCAUUCUGGAGAGACUUGACUACUGCUUACAGGACCCUGAUGUGGUGACCAUGGCUCUGCCCGUCGAGUAUGGCCCUGUUCCUGAGGAGGAGGAACAAGUACCCGUGCACCCAGAGGACCCCGCAGUGCCGGCAGUUCUACUGAACGCCCAGGUGCCUGAUGGGGAGGCUUUGCAGCUGCCCCCAUCCUAUCCCACAGAGGACAGGAGAGGGGAGCAUGUGGUCCUAACCAGCGCAGCAGCGGAGGCCAAAGCACUGACGCCGGCUCCGUCCCAGCCGUGCAUUCACCAGCCUCACAUGCAGACCUCUGUGACCAACACGGUCACUUCUGCUGCCCCGUCCACGCUCACUGCCAAGGGACCUCACCCUGCAGCCCAGCCGAGCUUGGAGGGAGGGCACAUAAACCUGGCUUUUACCCAGGGUCACCCGCAAGAGAAGGACGGCCACGGCGGGAAAAACACCAGUCUGUGGAAUCCCACCUACGGCUCGUGGUUCCUGCAGCAGCAGAGGAAGCAGCAGCAGCGGCAGGGAGGGGUGGGAGGACCUGGGGGCAGCGCCGGCAGGGUGCCCGGCGAGGGGCAGGAGCAUGUGGGCCGGACAGUGGCUGAAGUGGCGGGCUCGCUGGGUCUCCAGCACCAGCACAAGCAGUUUCAGCAUCAGCUCCAGCAGCAACACCAGCUGCAGCUGCUGCACCACCAGCAGCAGCAGCAGGGUCUCUGCAGGCCACUGCUGCCUCCCCCACCUCCUCCUGCUGCCCAGUCACCUCUGCUCUUAGAUUCAACAGCCUUACCCCCAGUUCCCUUGUAUCGACUGAGGAGGUUCCCCUGCGGGAACAUUGGGUACGGCUACCAGGAUCCGGGCCUGCCGCUGGACGCCAACCCUCCUCUGCCCCAGCAAGGCACCUCCAUGGGCUCAGCAGCCCACCAGAGAGGGCCGUCCAUGCCCGCUCCGAUGACCCUGGGCCGUGCCGGUAUGUCAGAGGACAACCGGCCGCUGCUCGUUACCAUGGGGACAGUGCAGGACACGAGGCUGCCCAGGAUGGAGGGCCAUAAUGCCACCGUGCUUUAGCCCAGAAAGUCUCCAAGUUUUGGUUCUUCAUGUUGAGGCAGAACCUCUCUCUGAAAUGGGUCUUUUACAGGACACGCCCCACCCCAGCCCCCCUGGAGACCUGAAGCACAUAAAAAAAGCUUUGAGAGGUGGACAGAGAAGAAAAUACAGAGUAAAAGAAUUUUAAGUCUCAAAAAUGUAUUUUUUCAUCGUUGUGCUUAAACUGAGAAAGAAAGUUUGACUUCCUGUAUGUUUGUGGCUAGAAGGACUUGAGGGAGGAAAAUGAUUUUAUUUUACCAGACGGCUUGAUUGACUCGAGUGCUGGUGGCCCACUGCUGCCACUCCACUACAGAACCAGAACCACGGCGCCGUACAGAACUUUGGCUAUUUUUCAAGUCAGACCCUGGAAUACCAGACAAAUUUAUACUGGGGGAAAAAACUGGAGGGUUAAAAAAAAAGUGUAGAUUUUUUGCUUGCCUGCUUGUUUAUUUAUAAAUUCAUUUAUUUAUUAUUUGGAAGUGGCAGUAUAAAUUAUUGAUGAACGGCUCUUCAAAGCCAACUUUUUUUUAAAUCUGCUUUCAUAUAUUUUUAUCAGUGCAGAGCAAAAACAAUCCCAAAAAAAUGGAACUCGGGUUACAAUCGAUCCGUUUGUUGUUUAAGGUGAAUCUAAAAGACUGAAGGCACAUCUAAAGACUGUUUACUCUGUUAAAUAUUUCUUUCCCCUCUACAUAUAGAAACCAUUGUUAUUGUUGGAUUGAUCUUGUACUUUGAUUUCCAUCUCUAAUUUGUAUAUUUUAUCCCUUUUUUCUAUCCUAGGAUGGCUGUUGUGGAAUAUAAAUGUGUGAAAACUCGGGUUUUUUGCUCCCAUCGUUAACGAGUCUGUUCUGAUUGGUUAUUGAAGACUAUUUUUUUGAAGCCUUUGCUUUGAUGGUAUUUGGUCAGUCCAUGAGCUGUUGCCACAUUCUGUAUUUAAAGUUUUCUAUCGGCUAAUCAGUUAUUUUGCUUUGUCUCCUGUGCUGAACCACGUUCACUCCGUGUUCCUCUUUUCACGGCUCACCUGUCGUUUGAUGUAUAAAACCCAAAUGCACAUGUAAAUGUUGUAUAAUUAUAAAGUAUUGUACCAUGGCUCUGGUAAAAGCUGUACAUUGCCCUUCAGAAAAAAAAACAAAAAAACGUCCGCCAAAAUUAAUAAAUUACUAUAUAAUGAUUACA